GAAUAAAAUGUGCCAACAUCAAUUUCUUGGUUUCUUACACCAUUUCCAUUUCCAUUUCCAUUUCCAUUCCCAUUCCCCACGCCAUAAUCGGUUUUUUCGCCGCUCCUUUCAAAAUUUUCCAACAUCAAUUUCUUGGUUUCUCGAUUGAUGUUAUUGUAUUUCAAAAUAUCCGAAUUUGUUCUUUGAUUUCAUUGAUAGGGUUAAUUUUGCCCGUUAUUCGCGGUCGAUUUUGGUCAACAUUAAUUCAAACUGGUGAUUUAUUAAUUUUGCUUCACACGUGAUGCCUUUCCACCCUCGAGUUUCUGUUUGAUCUUUACUACGGUUAUUCAUUUUAUCGAGCAUUUCGCGAUCGAUAUUGUGUCUUUUUUUUGUGGAGUUAAGGCUCUUUUGAGUUUUUAGGAAUUUUACCAAAUCAAUCAUAUUCAGUCAACGAUACUUGAAUUUUGAGAUUUUCAGGGAGAGUGGUUGCAAAUGGGGCCUAUAUUCUACAUACUGAUAGCAUUGCCUUGUACAAUAGGGGCAAUAACACUGGCACUUCACCACAUUUACAACCAUUUACUGAAUUAUACUGAGCCAACAUAUCAGAGAUACAUUGUCCGCAUUAUCUUCAUGGUUCCUGUAUACGCUUUGAUGUCUUUCUUGUCCUUGAUCCUGAACAAACAAGCAAUUUACUUCAAUUCAGUCAGAGAAAUAUAUGAAGCUUGGGUCAUUUAUAAUUUCCUUUCGCUAUGCCUAGCAUGGGUAGGUGGUCCAGGUGCUGUUGUGCUAAGUUUAACUGGAAAAGUUCUUAAACCAAAUUGGUGUUUAAUGACAUGCUGCUUCCCCCCUAUUGCAUUGGAUGGGCGCUUUAUACGAAGGUGCAAACAAGGGUGUUUGCAAUUUGUGAUCCUCAAACCCAUCCUAGUCACAGUUACUUUUAUACUGUAUGCAAAAGGAAAGUAUCAAGACGGGAAUUUCAACCCAAGGCAAUCCUUUCUCUACCUCACCAUAAUCUACACAAUAUCAUACUCUGUGGCACUGUAUGCAUUGGCCUUGUUUUAUGUGGCCUGCAAAGAUUUGCUGAAGCCUUUCAAUCCAGUGCCAAAAUUUAUCAUGAUCAAAUCUGUCGUAUUCCUUACGUAUUGGCAGGGUGUGUUGGUUUUUCUUGCUGCAAAAUCCAAGUUAAUCAAAGAUACAGAGGAAGCUGCAGAAUUUCAGAAUUUUAUAAUUUGUGUUGAAAUGUUGAUUGCUGCAGCUGGCCAUCUUUUUGCUUUCCCUUAUAAAGAAUAUGCUGGUGCCAAUAUUGGUGCUAAUCGUGGAUUUGCAGCAAGCUUUGCACAUGCUUUGAACAUCAGUGACUUUUACCAUGAUACAGUACACCAGUUUGCACCAACCUAUCAUGACUAUGUGCUCUACAACCAUGGUGAUGGUGACGAAGGAAAAACAAAGUACAGAGCUCGCACUUUUGUUCCGACUGGCCCAGAAAUGGAUACAGUCAGAAGAAACAAAGCCAAUCUUGGGAACAAGUCAGACGACAUAAAUUCACCAUCUUCAGUUGGUACUACUCAAAACUCUGGUGGGAACACAAAAUUGGAUGCUUUAGGUUCAUCAUCGUUGCUCAGGAGCGAAGCAAAUUCUGUUGAUUUGCAUUAUGAACUUUCCCUUAUGGAUGUAGACUUUUCUAAUUAUCCAAAAAAGGAAGUACCUGCUACUAAUGAAGCUGGAAAACGAUGAUGUUAUAAUCCAAAUGCUUGUGUUUACUAGUUUGCUUUUGACUAUAGAAAAUGUAUAUUUUGGGUGGAGCUUGUUACA